CACAAUUUCAUGUCACCCAAUAAGCAGUAAAACAGGAUUGCAAUGAAUAUCACUUGCAAAAACAUUACAUUAUCAACAUUACAUUACAGUGUGGAUCACAGUGCAUAAGAAGGACUCUACGUGGGACCUUUUACCUGGGAUUUUGAUUUUAUCAUUGGCAUCAGUCCAGAUAUCUGUUGUCUUAACACAUCGACAUAUACAAGGAAAGAGGAUUUCAGUUUCAGGACAUCAUGGCUGAUCGAAACUACAGACGUCUAAUAUGUGUGGGGAUCUCCUUUGUGUUUGCACUGUGUUUACUGAUUUGGAUAAUAAUUCGCAAAACUUCACCCAUCGAACACUCCUCGUAUGCAUGCUAUUCUAAAGCAGCAGUAGCAGCAGAUAAUGGGAUCUGUUCCAAGAUUGGGAGAGACAUUUUACAGCGAGGUGGUUCAGCAGUUGACGCUGCUAUUGCCGCUCUGCUGUGUUUGGGUGUGGUCCAUCCCCACACCAUGGGCAUAGGAGGAGGGGUGAUUUUCAACAUAUAUGACGCAUCAACAGAAAAUGUGAUAAUAAUUGAUGCUAGAGAAACUGCUCCAAGGAAUGCUAAUAAGACCAUGUUUGGCAAUAGCUACCAAAUGGAAAAGACAGGAAACUUAUCCAUAGCUGUACCAGGACAAAUUCGUGGUUUAGAGUUGGCACAUAUAAAAUUUGGUAGACUGCCAUGGAAAGUACUGUUCCAGCCCAGUAUAAAUUUGGCACGUGAUGGUUUUAAAAUCAGCAAGAGCUUGUCCAGAGCCAUUAAAAACAAAUGUGCAUCAAAUGACAGUAAAGUAACUCUGUGUGAUGCAUUUCGUGACUCAAACAAAAACCUCCUGAAGGAAAAUGAUAAUCUAAAUCUUAUCAAACUAGCUGACACCUAUCAAAAGAUAGCAGAUGAAGGGCCAAAUGCUUUUUACACUGGGUCUAUAGCCAAAAACAUAGAGAUUGAAACAGGGAUUAUAACACGUGAGGACCUUGAGAAAUAUAAAGCAAAAGAAAAAAAUACAAUAAACAUUUCUGUGGGAGAGAACACUGUUUAUGUUCCUGAUGCUCCAUCCGGUGGACCUGUGCUUGCACUGAUACUCAACGUACUCAAAGGUUACAACUUCUCAUCUCACAGCAUGUCCACCAAAGAGAACAAGACUUUAACAUAUCAUCGCAUUAUAGAGGCAUUUCGCUUUGCUUAUGCAGAGAGGACUAAACUGGGAGACCCGCAGAAUGACAACUUAAAGCCAAUUCAUGAUGCCAUCCAAGACAUAACCUCAGAGCACUUUGCAAACAACAUCAGGAGUAAAAUCACAGACACUACUCACCCAGAAAGCUACUAUAAGCCUGAGUCUUAUGUACCGGAUGACAAGGGAACGUCCCACCUGUCUGUCAUCGCAGGAGAUGGAAGUGCUGUGGCAGUCACCAGCAGUAUCAAUGAUCAUUUUGGUUCUCUGGUGAUGUCACCCUCAACUGGCAUAAUCUUUAAUAACCAGAUGGAUGAUUUCACCUAUCCUUGUUAUGAAAAAAGCAAUGGACUCAACAACUGUAUUAAAGCAGGUAAACGUCCACUUUCUUCGAUGUCCCCCACGAUAAUAUUUGACAAACACAACCAAGUCAAAAUGGUGGUUGGGGCUUCAGGUGGAAAACAAAUCACCACAGGAACUGCCCAGGUGAUCCUGGACUAUUUGUUCUUCAACUAUGAUUUGAACAAAUCUGUUAAUGAACCCAGAGUUCACACUGAGUUAAGACCCGACAACACAUCUGCAGAAAGUGACUUUGAGGAGAGUUUAUAUAAAGGCUUGAACAAGACUCAUCAUCAUAAAAUAUAUUUACUACCACUCAACAAAACAUUAGCACGAGUCCAGUCAGUUGUGCAACAGAAUGGAGAAAUCUGUGCUAAAUGUGAUGACAGGAAAGGCGGCUAUCCUGCAGGGUACUGACACCUGCUCCUGCUCUCCCUUCUCACUUUUUCUGGACCUUUAGUCAACAGAUGAAUGACUCCCAUUCAUAUUCAAAAACAAAACACCAUUUAGCUAAAAACACACUUCUUUCUCAUUUAUUUGCAUAAUUGUACUGUUGGUGAAUGUUGAUUAUAUUGGUUUGUGUAUAUUUAGUAAGUGCAUUAGGUUUUGUAUUAGAUCUAAUUGUAUCAGGUAUUCUCUAAUAUCUCUAUUUAAAUAGAAAGCAUUCUGUGCACUUCUUUUUGUUGUUAUUCUUGCUGAAUUGCAUGCUGUGCAUCUGUUGACUGAAACAGUCACAUAUGAAGCAAACCCUGCUAAAAAAAAACAAAAAAAAACUGCUUUUGCAACUGACUGGUUGAGACGUACAGACGAUAUCCCUUUGUGAAAUCAGAAUCAGCACUCACCUGCACUCAGCUCAAAAACAGACAGCAUUCUUCAGAUGUCAGAUGAUUUUUCAAUGCAUCACAGGAAAGAUGUUAACAGAAAAAGGAUGUAAAAAAAUCCACAAUAAAAUAAAACUUUUAAUUGUUUAUCUGGUAGUUACUUUACCACAUACAUUUAAAAAUGAUGAUU